UAAUUAGGAGGUGAGUACGCGUCGCAUCGGCUGCGGCGGCGCGACGGUCGAUAGCUGGAGCGACAGGCGGUGCCGGCCCGGGUCACGCCUGCUGCGAUCGAUACCGGCGCGGCGGCGGGAGCAUUCGAGCACUACGCUGCCACCGGACACGACAGCAGCCAGUCCGCCUCGCGACACCGGCGACGAGCGGCGAGCGAGCGAGCGCGGCCGCACAUACACGCGCUAGCUCCCAUGCGACUCUCGCACGCGUCAUGAGCGGCGCCCGCCCCCGCUCCGCGCCGCUCCUGCUGGCGCUCGCGGCCGCCUUCCUACCGCAAGCCAACCAUGUCGCGGGCGCCGGUGGGGGAGGGAUGUUCGGUGAUGUCAAUAUAUCAGCUAUUUUGGAUUCAUUUAGUAUAAGUUACGACAAAAGAGUAAGACCAAAUUAUGGAGGACCACCCGUGGAAGUGGGGGUUACCAUGUACGUGCUCUCCAUCAGCUCUCUGUCUGAAGUGAAAAUGGAUUUCACAUUGGAUUUUUACUUCAGACAAUUUUGGACCGACCCCCGAUUAGCUUACAAAAAAAGAACUGGAGUUGAGACAUUAUCUGUGGGUUCGGAGUUCAUAAAGAAUAUAUGGGUGCCAGACACGUUUUUUGUAAACGAAAAGCAAUCUUAUUUCCAUAUAGCAACAACAAGCAACGAAUUCAUACGUAUUCAUUAUUCUGGCUCUAUCACUAGGAGUAUCAGAUUGACGAUUACAGCUUCGUGCCCUAUGAACCUGCAAUACUUCCCAAUGGAUCGCCAGUUGUGUCACAUUGAGAUAGAAAGUUUCGGCUACACCAUGCGGGACAUCAGAUACAAAUGGAACGAGGGGCCCAACUCUGUGGGUGUUUCCAGCGAGGUGUCGCUGCCGCAGUUCAAGGUGCUGGGCCAUCGCCAACGAGCUAUGGAGAUCUCCCUUACUACAGGAAAUUACUCAAGAUUGGCAUGUGAAAUUCAAUUUGUCCGAUCAAUGGGAUAUUACCUGAUUCAAAUUUAUAUUCCGUCUGGUUUGAUUGUCAUCAUAUCAUGGGUAUCAUUUUGGUUGAACCGGAAUGCCACACCGGCUCGAGUGGCUCUAGGCGUUACCACUGUGUUGACGAUGACAACGCUCAUGUCGUCAACGAAUGCGGCUUUACCUAAGAUAUCGUACGUCAAGUCUAUCGACGUAUAUUUGGGAACCUGUUUCGUGAUGGUCUUCGCUAGCUUGCUAGAAUAUGCUACUGUUGGAUAUAUGGCCAAAAGAAUACAGAUGAGAAAACAAAGAUUUGUAGCUAUUCAAAAAAUCGCCUCUGAAAAGAAAAUCCCAGUUGAUUGUCCCCCUGUCGGUGACCCACACACACUGUCUAAAAUGGGAACUCUUAGCAGGUGCCCACCUGGAAGACCAUCGGAGGUGCGAUUUAAAGUACAUGACCCCAAAGCUCAUUCCAAAGGCGGCACUCUAGAGAAUACCAUCAACGGUGGCCGCAGUGGAGCAGAAGAAGAAAACCCAGGACCUCCUCCGCAUAUCUUACAUCCUGGCAAGGACAUAAGCAAAUUGCUCGGCAUGACUCCUUCGGACAUCGACAAGUACUCUCGCAUAGUAUUCCCCGUCUGCUUCGUAUGUUUUAACCUCAUGUACUGGAUCAUAUACCUUCACGUAUCCGACGUCGUGGCUGACGAUCUGGUUCUACUGGAAGAAGAUAAAUAGAGGGCGCUGUGUACAUAAUCCACUUAUUUUCUCACAUUGCAGUAUUGAAUAAUAAUUUGAAACAGUUUAUUAAAUACUCAUAUUAUUCCCCUCUUUAGUAAAGGAAGAACAUAAUUGUAUUUAGAUUUUCAAUGUACACGAAACUAUCUCGUCGUUUUUCGAAAUUGAUUUGUAGAUAAUCUAUACUUAAUGUACUAAAUGUAACGUGAUAAAUGUUGUAUAUACGUAAGACUCGGAAAUAUGAAUUACGAACGAUUUAGUAUAAGAUCUACAUGUUUUUCUUGGAGUCUAAGGUAGAAUCCAAACGACUGAAGUUUUGUGUCAUUUAGAUGUCACGUGUAACGACGUGAUCUACUCUUGGGUUGAUAAAUGGAUUCCAGGUUUAGAAAGUAGGCUUUACUGCUUUACUUAAUGUCGGGCUGUAGGCUAAAUUUUAAUUUAAUUAUUUCGUAUUUGUAAAUAUUAGGCUCGUUUACUGCACGUAGUUAGUUAUAAAUGUAUGUGCAGCUUAUGAGAUUGAGUAAAAUAUGAAUUUAUGGUUUUCAUAUAAGUGAAUAAAUGGACUAGUAUGUUAUCCUUCAUAUAGGCACAGAUGUGUUCCUAAAUUUGGCAAGUGGGGAAUAGUAUUUUUCUUCUACCGAAUUUCAGUAAGGUUUCAAAUUAUUAUUAUUAUUAAGUGGUAAAAUGAGUGGAAUUACGAUAAAUCCGUAGUAAUACGAAUCUGAUGCUCAAAUUUCUCAGCUUGAAUUAUUUAAUUAGUUUUAGUAAACUUUUGUAAUUAUAACAUAAACUUAGUGAUUCGUUUAUUCUUUGCUGAUAUCGUUGUGAUAAUAUCAUUAGGAAUUUUAUUUUUUAAUUGUAGUUGCAGACCAUUCCAAUGUCCUAAACUAUUUUUGUUUGGAACCGUAGUUUUAUUUUGUAACUUGUAAAUUAUUAAUGAAUGUUUUGAGCAAGUGAUUUUGCUUCACAUCAUUGAAUGCGUGUUGAGUUUUGAUAUUAAUAUAAUUUAAUAUUGUUUACUAUAUUAUCUCUGAUCGAUAAGUCAUGAAAUAAAUAAGUCAGAAAUCAGCAGCAUUCAGAACAUUUAGAACAUAUCCCUACGCUAAUCGGAGCAGGUAAAUAUUAGCAAGUUAUCAUAAAUCUGUUUUUAUUUCUAUCAUUAUAUCGGAGCAGAUCAGUUCCAUUAGAGGCAUGCAGUCGCCAGAUAUUAAUCUAAUCUAAAUCCAGCAUGUAUGUUCCCACUCUUGUCAUAUUGUACCUUUGCAAUACAUCGACUUUGUCAAAUAAGGCUUCUGGUUUAUUAUUUCAUGUUUUUUGGACUUCGCAAACAAGUUAUAUAGAAGUGUACAAACGCCAAUCAUGCGAUUGAUGCAUUUUCAGGGAAAAUAAAUAUUUUCUGCCUUCAUACCGCUAAUGUUAGAAUGGCCGGCAGCACACAUAGUUACGCAUCCGUGACACUGCUAGACUAUGGACCUCUAUUUAAUAAGAGGGGAUUGUAAUAAUCUUCAAGCAUGGUAGGCGCGUUGGAGAUUGCAGUUUGAUAGGUUCAGGUUUACCAAAGGGCGCUGCUGGCCCCGUCAAAUAUGUAGUACCUUAUUCGGCUCUUACGACAACAACGGGAAGUUCAGCGAUAGUGACUAAUGUUUUCUAUCCGACCGUCACCUCACGACACAGCCAGUUCAUAAACUAUGUAAAAUACCUACACACACCUACAUUUUUGUAAUUUCAUGUUUGAAAACGGUUACUUCGUCACACUAUUAUCCACUUAUUAAUAUUGUUUAUUGAAGAUUAUUAAUUAAAGUGAUGUAUUUGCUAAGUAUUUAUUUUUGGAACGUUAAAUUAAAAAAAAAAUGUUUGAUUUAGAAUUGCAUAGGCAACGGAAUCUAAACCGGAAUGAUCAAUUUGAAUAUUUCAAUUACCUAAAAUCAACUACUCAGGAUAUUGCAUAGAAAUUCUUGUGCGUAGUAUUUUGAGGGACACAUUAACCAUUCAAUCUAUAAAACAUAUUCAUCAAACAGCGAUUUUUUGCUGGAAUAUCAUUCAAGGAACAUUCCUGCAUUAGUUGACUUACACAUUAUAGAGCCCAUUCAUUUGAUUCUGAUUAAUUAUCAUUAGUACUAAUGAUUUGUAUUUCAUCGUAAACAGUAUGUAAUAGAUAAGUAAAUACAUAGUUUAGUCUUCUAUUUAAAUAGUUUUACCUCUGAGAAUAUUUGCUAUUUCUUAACUAGCCGCACAAUAGUCCAUGCAAUGCUUUCCUAAAUUAGUUCAGUUUAGAUGAAUUAGCUUUUUUUGCUCGCUAGUACUCUACUAAAGCAGUAGUUGAAGCAUAAUUGAGCAUUAGAAACGCGUUGUCAAUAUGGGAAUCAUAUUCGUGGCCUGCACUGCUACAGUGACUGGCGUCGGAUAUCCGUUCCUAUCUUCACAACGUUUGGUGACUGUCCUACCCUCGAAUAUCUGACAAGCAGGGCUCCUGUCUUCAGCUACGACUCGCAAUGGAUUUGUUGUGCGCAACACGUUUGAGGUUUGAGUUCUUGACAUACACAUACACCAUAAAUGAUACGUUUAACGUAAAGACUCAAAUGAAUCAACAUAUAGGAAUUCAUUCAAGCAUUCGAACAUUUGUAGAAAUAAUAGCAAAUGUAAUCGAGUAGAAAAUCGAGAACCUACUGUGUAAUUGUUUAGUCAUAGAAUAAAACCCAGAGGAUGUACUGCUGAAUUAUUUUCUCAAGAUAUUUGUUUUAUUAAGGGUACAAACGCCGUAUUGUACUCAUAGCUUCAGCAGUCCACCUUUAAUGUUAACUAAUUGCAUUUUGUUCAUAGAGAAUAAUAACUAUUUGCAUAAACUGCACGGGGUACAGUGCGGUUAAUACUAGAACACGAUAUCCGCUAGAUACAAUUUUUACAUUACUUUGAGUUUCGUUUAGUGCUACUUACUAUAUAUUUGUUAGCGUUCUAAAGAUGUAAAUUAGAAAAAAAUGAAGUCAUUAUAAUAUAGCUAUUGAAUGUAAUCAAAUAAAGGCUUCUUUAAUAAUAAUUUAAUACCUUCUAUACAUUUUCAUUGCCAAGUACACGUAGAUUAUGUAUGUUUGAUUAAUCUUUCAGGUAAAAGUGUAGACAAUGCAUUUUCAAUCCAGAUUAUAGCCAUAAAUUACGUAGACUAAACAUUUGGAAUGAACCUGGUUUUAGACAAAGACGCAGUUUAAAAACAAGUUCAUUUUGUAUACUCCCAAAUUUUAGGCGAAACGUAGACUCUGUUUUUGGAUAACCCAGAUUUGGGCUUAAAAAGUAAUACCUUUUAGAUAUAUUUUAGCUCGUAAUGUAAAUAAAACUUAUUGACACUUUCGUAUAAUAAAUAGCACUCAAAUAUAAGGCACCGUGUAAUCUGUGUAUUCACAAUUUUAUUUUAUUGCAUUUAUAUUACGACUACGAAAGUCUGUUGUAUUACAUAAUAGAAUAUAAUUAUAUAAUAAGGUAGCACGCUGGUAGAGGAAAAUAUUGAAAGUAGGGUCUACUAUGUGACGUCGGCCACGUCUCUCCGAAACGAAAUUCUAAAAUAUUUGUCUAGUGACUAGUAAAUAAGUUCAAGACAUUAUAGGUCUAAGAAAAUGUAUCUUAGUUGAUCUAAAUAUAAUAUUAUAAUUAAGUAGUUCCGCACUUUCUUAAGUAAGUCACCUUUAAUACAAAUUACUAGCUGUGACCACAUUUUGCUUCAAGUUGAUUAAAUCAAAUCCAUGAUUAUUGCUAAGCAAUUUUUUUCCACAAAAGGUUAAAAAGUAAUUUAUUUGUUGAAGAGUUACACUAAGAAUACAUAGUAGCAGAUGCCAAAUGUAUCAAUACUAAUACAUCCUGCAUUAUGCAAAAUUUAUCAUACAUUGUCUGAUAUAUCAGAUGAUGACUAGUAUAAAUUGGCCUGACCUCGAGUCAAGGUUCCGGUAAAGCAAAAACUCAAUUCCUGAAGCCAACUGCUUCUAAAGAAUAAAUACGCCCAAUAUUUUUUAUAGAAUACGUAUUAAAAAAAUAAUUAAGGUAACACUGUUCUCCUAGGAAGUUCUAAAAACUUUCAAUCAAUAUUACUAAACUAUCCUACGUGACAAUUUAUACUAGUCUUUCUCUAUCUAUCACUAUGUACGACUUCAAUUCGUUUCUUUGUUUUUCGACAACAUGGCUUUCAAUUUUCCUUUUUAUUUACUGUACUACUAAAGAUGAAAAGACUUUAACCACUGUCCUGUAUUUCAACUUCUAAACUCUGUAUUUCCCUUUAGGAUAUCGAUACUUCAAUAUAUUAAAUGAGCACGUUUGUUUCCAUAUACAAUAAAUUUUAACGUAGUUGAACAAUACACAAAAUGAACACCCCUAAAACUGACAUUACAUGUUUGUAUUUUCGUAUUCAAAUUAUACAUUGAACUCUAGUAAAAGUAAAGCUUAAUGUUAUUAGGAAUGGAUUUUGGAUAUAUUUUGAAUCGUGUAGGUUAGUUUACGUGGAACUUAAAUAAUGUUAACGUCUCCGGGGAAAUUAACUUAAAAUCGAAUGCACAAAUAUCAGUGAAAGUCUUUUUGUCUGUAGAUUUUAUUUUGAGAGUAUAUACCGUUGAGAAUUUAUAGAAAUAGUUACAUAUAUUGCAGAUAUAUAAGAUAAAGCACCAAGAAUGCCUACAAAGCUGUUAUUCCCGUACUGGGCACAUAAUGUUGUAAUAAGAUUACUAUUAUGUCACGACUAGUAUCAGUGGAUACUGAAUCAAAAUGACUAUAUUAUGUAUUAUAACUUAUAAGUAUUUUAUUUUUUGUUAGAUAUUUGAUUUUUUGGUACAUUUUAAGAGGUACAUUUCAGUUUAUUUGUGUUUUCCACGAGUUAAUUAUACGUUAUUUACAACGUUUACGAAAUUAAUAAAUAAACUUACUCACAUACAAAAAAGUAAUAGGAAAAUUCAUUUAGAACUUUUAUAUUUUUAUUGUUUAUCUAUCAAUUUAUGUAGGGUUAUACCUCUAGAAUCAUUCAGUACUUUGGAUAUAUUCAGGAAUUCAAUGGAAAGCUAAAUCUGCCACUUAAUUGAAACUUCGGUCAUUCUGCCUAUGUCUUGCACUAAAAUAUUUUUUGUAACCUACUUUCUAUAACAUACAUAUAACUACUUUGAUUACCGUCAGCAAGUGGUCACACAAUUUUAUAAAUAAAAAAUAUAUUUUUGAAACAGUUUUCUUUACAUUGCAGUUUUAUAAAAUAUGUUGUUUUUAAAAAUAAAUCACCAUUUUCUGUUAUGUACGACAUAGAUAUAGACAUAAUAUACAUUUUGUAUAUCGUAUUCAAUAAGGUAAUUCUAAACAUUAACAUUGUAUGCAAUAUUAGUGCAUCUACAUAAUUAUGAAUAGUGUGAAAGUACCGUAACAAUGUACAUGAAAUAGAUUUUCUGAAGAAACGCUAGAUAAACUUUGAAUGUUGUUACAGAAUUGAAUGAUAAAUAAUAUUGAACGCACGUGUCUUAGAUAUUAUAGAGUUUUAUAAAUAGAUAUACAAUAGUUAUAAUAUAUGAUAAAUAACAGCAAGCCACGAAUGGAGCGAAUAGAUUAUCUCUUUUGAAAACUAUUUAUACAUCAUUAUACAUCACUGGAUAUAAAUAUUUGUAUGACUGCUCUAUUUCUUAAAAAUAUCUAUUAUUGAAUAAAGUCAAGUUUAAAAAAAUGACUAAUAUCUGCUUCGGCAGUCAAAAUGGCACCAUCACGGAAUAGAUGCACGAAUAAAAUAAACUCGAUAUGAAAAAAUAGAUAAUUUAUUUACAAUAUUCGUUAGAGUAUUUUAUAAUCACGUUAUUUAUAUAAAUUCAUGAGUACCUACUAUGUUUUUUUUCUAUAGGACUAAUUUAUUUGUUUACAUUAUUAUUUAUAAACGAAGGUUUAAUUCUACACUUACCAGUGAUAUAGUUUGUACUGUCCCCAACAGCAUAACUGAUUAAAAGAUGGCAAAAGAAGACUUAACGUCUAUUGUAUAUCUUGUUAUUUCUUUUCCAAUAGAUGUUUGCGUCCCAUUCGUUUCUAUAUUGGUACUAAAGUCCUGAUUAUAUGUUAACUUGUUAAUUUUUUCAUUCUUAUUUAUUAAGGAACCGUUUAUGCCAUAACACUUGGGGACUCAACAAGACACAGAUAAUAAUUAUUUGAUAUACAACACGUUAUUCCACGAUUCUUCGUUUAUCGUAAUUAAAACAAAUCUAGUAACCAUACUCCUAUUUAUAAAUAAUUUUAAUUUUUAAAAAGCCAUCAAAAUAUAUUACGGUGAAGCUUUAUAAACAAAGUCAAGAAUUAAUGUGACAUUCUUGUUUCAUUUAACUAUUUAAAAUAAAUGUACCUACACAUUUUCUGCAAGCACAUUUAUAUGUAACUGUGUCUUGUUAACUUACAAAUAAUGAACACUGCUAAUAUAUUAUGCUCACUCUUCGUCAUCCUUCCUACCGUAUUCAAUUACCUAACCGUCAAAUAUUUAGAAUUAUAUAAUUAGCGUUUAUUCAAUAAAAGGAUAAACCUUUUUUAGGUAUAGUAGAAUUUUUUGUCACAUUUCCUUA